AUGUUAGGAAUGACUCUUUUUUUGUUUGUGCUGGGCGUCUCAGCUAUUCCAGCUCCCGAUUAUGGACUGCAGCAGCUGCUCCAGAUCCGACCGGGUCAUCCAGAUCUCUACAGCGAGUCUAUCGGUCAUCCCCCCUUCUCACCAGGUCAUCGCGAUCCCUAUGACCACAAAGUCGACUCGGUUGGAGAUGACAGACAGCCACUUCCCUUUCGAAAUGGAGAUGGUACCACCGUGAUGGGACCGCGAAACAGGGAUCGUGAGCGUCAAAAUCCAGAUUUAAUCCGCCCGCCAAGUACAGACCGAGGCAGCAUUUCCAAUAUGAGAUGGAGCUUCGCCGAUUCUCAUAUUCGGAUUGAGGAGGGCGGAUGGACUCGACAAACUACUAUCCGUGAACUCCCCACAAGCCGUGAACUGGCUGGGGUCAACAUGCGGCUAGAUGAAGGAGUCAUCCGCGAACUACACUGGCACACCGAGGCCGAGUGGGCUUACGUGCUGGCGGGAAAAGUCCGGGUGACUGCGCUCGACACAGAAGGCGGCAGUUUCAUGGAUGAUCUCGAAGCAGGCGAUCUUUGGUAUUUCCCUGCAGGACAUCCUCACUCGCUUCAGGGUCUAGGACCUAACGGCACCGAAUUUCUCUUGAUCUUCGAUGAUGGCCAUUUCUCAGAGGAAUCUACAUUCCUUUUGACGGACUGGAUGGCCCAUACCCCCAAAGCCGUUCUCGCCGAGAACUUCCGUGUCAAGCCCCAGCAGUUCGACAAUAUCCCAACAUCCGAAAAGUACAUUUUCCAAGGAUCAAAGCCAGGCAGCAUUGAGGAAGAAAAACCACGCGGGUUCAAAAAGUCCAAGAUCAACUUUACUCAUCACAUGCAUGCGCAAACUCCCAUUGAGGGUACAGGUGGUCUUGUUCGCAUCACAGAUUCAACCAACUUCCCCAUCUCAAAGACCGUGGCAGCAGCCCACUUGGAAGUGGCGCCUGGCGCUCUACGCGAAAUGCACUGGCACCCCAACGCUGACGAAUGGACAUACUUCAAAAAGGGCCGCGCCCGUGUUACGAUCUUCGCUUCCGAGGGAAAGGCCCGAACAUUCAACUACAUGGCUGGCGAUGUGGGCAUUGUGCCGCGAAACAUGGGACAUUUCGUUGAAAACCUGAGUGACGAUGAACCACUUGAACUUUUGGAGAUUUUCCGCACGGAUAAAUUCCAGGACUUUUCUCUGUUCCAGUGGAUGGGAGAAACCCCUCAGAGGCAAGUUGCGGAGACGAUCUUCGGAGAUGACUCUAAAGCUGCAGAGCAAUUCUCGAAGAAUAUUGAGGGGGCUGAGAAAGAUCCUAUUCGGAAUACCAUCUAG